UAAUCCUCCUCUCAAUACCUUUCAAGCAAGCUGGGUUGCAAAGAGAAGCAAGCUAAUCAAACACAUUCCAUGCAUAACCUACCUCUUGCUUUCCUCCUCGAUCUUCUACUCUCCCAUAAACUUUGGUCGUUUGGUGGUGAACUUGGAAAAGAAACCUAGCUAGCAAGAGCUUUCUCCGUGCCAAUUUGAUCAGUUGAUGGUAUUAUUGUCAUAUGCAUCAUCCUUGGUGUAGUUAAGAGGCGUGCUCAGCUCAACAAAUAACAAUCUUUCAUGUGCUCACGCAUGGGGACGCUCAACUGCUCCGACACGACCUCGAGCGUGAAACUACAACAGCAACAAGGGCCAACGUCGCCCACCGCCUCGUUCUCGGAGUCGAACAUCGUCGCUUCGUCCACUGAUCCCGAUGCCAUCGACGCUCUAGCUGGGCUGCAAGCUCUCCGGUUUGACGGAGACAUCGAUGGCGAGAUCCAGUCGCCUGACCUUGCCAUGUGGGAGUCCCUCUUCGCCGACCAGAUCGGCGCCUCAGGUGCUGAUUUCUUGAUGUCUUCCCCUCGAAGGGACUUCAGCCCUUUGAGGGACUUCAUGGUCUCCUCCCCCAAGAGGGACUACAUGGUCUCCUCACCCAAGAGAGACUACAUGAUGUCUUCUCCCAAGCGAGACUACAUGAUGUCUUCUCCUAAGAGAGACUACAUGGUGUCCUCCCCAAAGAGAGAGAUGGGUGUCUCUUCCCCAAGGAGAUCAACCUUCUCCAACCUGUACAGCAGCACUAUUAACCAAGCCAAUCAGCAGAGCUACAUGCAUGGCAUGGAGGGGAGCCCCCAAACGCAGUACAGCAACCUCGCCAGCCAAGGCAACAAAGGAAAGUCGUCGCCUAGCCCACUCCACAAGGUAUACAUCAACAACGUUAAUGCCCACAGUAACAGCGGUAAGAGCAACGGUCCCUCCUCCUUGUCGUGCUCCUCCUCCUACGCCCAUGGCGAGAACCUUCCCCUGCCCUCCAUGGACCCCUUUCUGGAGGAGUACAAGGAAGGUUACCUAGCUUACCAGCUUCCGGAAAAGGCCGGUGGCAGCGAGAGCGCCAGAACUACUGCUCCAACAUCUUCGCAGCUGCCGACGCUGUCGGAGUGCCUAGCGAUGCCGGAGCCGGGGUACGGAGACGGCGACGACGACACGGCGGCGGCCAUUGUUGCCCGAGCAGGGAUCCAGGUGGGAGGGUUGCAGCAAACGGAUCACCUGUACUACGCGAGCCAGUUCGGAGCAGCAGAGGGAUCAUUAUCGUCUCUGCAGCACCAAAUGGCAAAGCCUGAGCAGUGGGCAGAUUCUUCCUCCUUGCACAGCAUGCUGGGCUCGGUGAUCCAGUCAGAGGCUGAUCAGCAGCAGGAGCAAGACAGCGGGCUUCAGCUAGUGCACCUCCUGCUGGCGUGCGCCGACUUGGUUUCCAAGGGCGACCAGCCGUCGGCGCUCCGGCACCUGCACCUCCUUCGCCGCGUGGCGUCCCCGCUGGGCGACUCGAUGCAGCGCGUGGCCUCCUACUUCGCGGACGCCCUCGCGGCCCGGCUCGCCCUCGCUUGCCCCUCUUCCGUGGUCUCCCCUGGCGGCGCGCCCUUCCCUUUCCCUCCGUCGCCGGAUACCCUCAAGAUCUACCAGAUCCUCUACCAGGCGUGCCCCUACAUCAAGUUCGCCCACUUCACGGCCAACCAGGCCAUCUUCGAGGCCUUCCAAGGCGAGGACCGCGUCCACGUCGUGGACCUGGACAUCCUCCAGGGCUACCAGUGGCCCGCGUUCUUGCAGGCGCUCGCGGCCCGGCCCGGUGGGCCGCCGACGCUGAGACUGACGGGGGUGGGCCACCCGGCGGCGGCCGUCAGGGAGACGGGGAGGCACCUGGCUUCCUUAGCCGCGUCGCUCCGGGUGCCGUUCGAGUUCCAUGCCGCCGUGGCGGACAAGCUCGAGCGGCUUCGGCCCGCCGCCCUGCAGAGGCGCGUCGGGGAGGCGCUGGCUGUGAACGCGGUGAACCGCCUCCAUCGUGUGCCUGGUGCGCACCUAGCGCCGUUGCUGUCCAUGAUCCGCGACCAGGCGCCCAAGAUCAUGACGCUCGUGGAACAAGAGGCCGGACACAACGGCCCAUACUUCUUGGGCAGGUUCUUGGAGGCUCUGCACUACUACUCGGCCAUCUUCGACUCUCUGGACGCGACGUUCCCGGCGGACUCGGCGCCGCGGAUGAAGGUGGAGCAGUGUCUGCUAGCACCGGAGAUCCGCAACGUGGUGGCAUGCGAGGGCGCCGAGCGGGUGGCGCGUCACGAGCGGCUGGACCGGUGGCGCCGCAUCAUGGAGGGCCGCGGGUUCGAAGCCGUGCCACUCAGCCCGGCCGCUGUCGGCCAGAGCCAGGUGCUCCUCGGGCUUUACGGCGCGGGCGACGGAUACCGUCUUAACGAGGACAAGGGUUGCCUCCUGCUUGGCUGGCAGGACCGUGCCAUCAUCGGCGCGUCAGCGUGGCGGUGCUGAUCGAUCCAACAAAUUAAGUAUUGUACGUGGCCGGAGAUUGACGACGACGGAAGAGGUGCUGCAAGCAAGGCGACCUCUUCUCUGUGUGCAUUAGAUUUCUCUCUUCUUGCAUCUUGCAUGUGUGGUUAUCUCGAUUCUUGGUUGACUACUAGCCGAAGUUUAGGCAACUUGCUGUGAAAAGCUUGUAUCCGAAACAAAGUAAGACGAAUUUGUACUUGUAAAAGGAAUUGUACUCGUACGAUUUUCUUCUUGUACUGCGAUCUCCUACUUAUCUAUUGCUAGUUGAAA